AGAAAGCCAAAAAACGGCGCUGUGAGAAAUUUCUUGUGGGCGGGGCAAGGGAGAGGCUGAGCACGCGGAAAGUGCGGGCAACAUCCGGGCACCUGCGGCUGGCGCGCUUCCGCCCGCCAUGCCUGCUGUUCCCGUAGCCAUGCUGAAAUGCGGGAUGACGGGCGGUCAGGUGAAAGUAUUUGGGAAAGCAAUACAAACUCUAUCACGAGUGAGCGAUGAGUUGUGGCUAGACCCGUCUGAGAAAGGUCUUGCCCUGAGGUCUGUGAAUUCUUGUCAUUCCACAUACGGCUACAUCCUGUUCUCGUCUAUGUUUUUUCAACAUUAUCAAUGGUCACCCUCAGCCACGAUGAGUGAUAAUGACAUACCACUGAAUUUAAAUUGCAAACUGGCAAUAAAGUCAAUUCUGCCAAUCUUUAGAUGUCUGAAUCACCUUGAAAGAAGUGUAGAGAGGUGCACUAUAGUCACCAGAUCGGAUAAAUGCAGAGUCGUCAUUCAGUUCUUCGGCAGGCACGGUAUUAAAAGAACUCACAAUGUGUAUUUCCAAGACAGCCAGCCCUUGAAAAUUCUCUUUGAAAAGAGCUUGUGUGCGAAUAUCCUGAUGAUUAAACCAAGACUGCUGGCUGAGGCCAUUGCUCUUCUAACAUCAAAUCAAGAGGAAGUCACCUUCUCUGUCACUCCAGGGAACUUCUGCCUCAAGAGUUCGAGUGGGGAAUCCCUGGAUUUAACCAGCUCUGUGUACAGUGAGAUGUCUUUUGGCCCGGAAGAGUUUGACUUCUUUCAGGUUGGACUUGAUACCGAGAUAACAUUUUGCUUUAAAGAACUGAAGGGGAUCCUGACCUUCUCAGAAGUGAUGCACACACCCCUAGCCAUCUACUUUGACUUUCCUGGAAAGCCGGUUGUUUUGAGUGUUGACGACAUGCUCUUGGAGGCGAACUUUAUCUUGGCCACGUUAGCGGAUUAUCCAAGUAGAACAUCUUCACCACAGUCACUGCGCCUUUCCCAGGCACGAAGGUCAGACCCCACACAGGCUGAUGCCCAGGAGGGUAAGAGCCAUGUCAGCCAGAACCCAGAGAGCAUCUCUCGAGCAGCGCCCAAAAGGCUGUUUCCCAAGGAUCCUCCUGAGAGCAGCUGUGCAGCAGAGACCAAGAGAGCCAGCACCAGCCAGGAUGACAUCUCCCAAGUGCCUGAAAGUGUUGUCAGUGACACGGAGGAAGGGCUAAGCCCUUCACACCUCAGAAAGUUUUCCUGCAUGUUCUUUGGAGCUGUAUCUUGUGAACAGCAAGAGCAUGCUGGCCGCCCCUUAGACAGUCUGGCAAUAGCAAGCGACAGUGAAGAGGACAUGCGUGGAUGAGCAUCCAUGCCAGUGCUCAGUGACAGCCGCACUGGGUGCUUGGCUCUCUGAAGGCCAAGUGGAAAUGGAGCAGACUGUCCCAGGAUGCCCAGAGACAGUGUCUGCUCUUGUCAGUAUCACAGUGGACUAAAAUCCAUGUGCCUGCCACCUGAAGGACAGAGCUGGCAGCACAGGAAUGAGCCAUCAGGGUUUAGCUGUCACUGUUUACCCUGCAGCCUUGACAUGUCCUGUGCUGGUCUCUAAGGCAUCGGGGUGAGGUGGAGUUUCUGUACCUGACUGCAGAAAGCAGGCAUUCCAGCUUAUGCGAUGACCUGACAGGUUUUGUUCAUUGUUUUUUUCAGAGUAAAGAAAAGGUUGUGAAUAAAAAAACCAUACAGUUACCUUUUCA